UGUGUUUGCUUGACUGAAAAUGUCUCAUACAACUUCUUUGAAAUUCUACACACAAGCGAGCACAAGUUCUUUAUCACGCCUCGCCAGUUUCAUUUAGGUUUGAACACAAGGACCCUAGAUCUAUGUAGAUAAAUAUAAAGCAAAGUGUGUCAGUUGGUGUUCGACAUGUUGUACUUUUAACGUACUAAAUAUCUACCAAGACUUUGUUUCGAGUUUAAUUUUUAAGGAGUAUUAGUUUAUUUGAACCGAGAUCCAGGUGGAUAAAGAUGUCUACCAUGUCAGGUAAAUUGGUCUACCCAGUCCUACUAGUAACGAUUAUCUGUAUCUUGCCAGUAACAGCACAAGAUCCGUGUCUUGAUAAUCCAUGUUUAAAUAAUGGACGUUGUAUCCGCGAAGGAUCGACCUAUACCUGUUCCUGUAUGAUGGAUUACACUGGUAAAAACUGUGAAAUACUAGUUCCACAUCCGUGUCUUGAUAAUCCAUGUUUAAAUAAUGGAAGUUGUAUGCGCGAAGGAUCGACCUAUACCUGUUCCUGUAUGAUGGAUUACACUGGUAAAAACUGUGAAAUACUAGUUCCACAUCCGUGUCUUGAUAAUCCAUGUUUAAAUAAUGGAAGUUGUAUGCGCGAAGGAUCGACCUAUACCUGUUCCUGUAUGAUGGAUUACACUGGUAAAAACUGUGAAAUACUAGUUCCACAUCCGUGUCUUGAUAAUCCAUGUUUAAAUAAUGGAAGUUGUAUGCGCGAAGGAUCGACCUAUACCUGUUCCUGUAUGAUGGAUUACACUGGUAAAAACUGUGAAAUACUAGUUCCACAUCCGUGUCUUGAUAAUCCAUGUUUAAAUAAUGGAAGUUGUAUGCGCGAAGGAUCGACCUAUACCUGUUCCUGUAUGAUGGAUUACACUGGUAAAAACUGUGAAAUACUAGUUCCACAUCCGUGUCUUGAUAAUCCAUGUUUAAAUAAUGGAAGUUGUAUGCGCGAAGGAUCGACCUAUACCUGUUCCUGUAUGAUGGAUUACACUGGUAAAAACUGUGAAAUACUAGUUCCACAUCCGUGUCUUGAUAAUCCAUGUUUAAAUAAUGGAAGUUGUAUGCGCGAAGGAUCGACCUAUACCUGUUCCUGUAUGAUGGAUUACACUGGUAAAAACUGUGAAAUACUAGUUCCACAUCCGUGUCUUGAUAAUCCAUGUUUAAAUAAUGGAAGUUGUAUGCGCGAAGGAUCGACCUAUACCUGUUCCUGUAUGAUGGAUUACACUGGUAAAAACUGUGAAAUACUAGUUCCACAUCCGUGUCUUGAUAAUCCAUGUUUAAAUAAUGGAAGUUGUAUGCGCGAAGGAUCGACCUAUACCUGUUCCUGUAUGAUGGAUUACACUGGUAAAAACUGUGAAAUACUAGUUCCACAUCCGUGUCUUGAUAAUCCAUGUUUAAAUAAUGGAAGUUGUAUGCGCGAAGGAUCGACCUAUACCUGUUCCUGUAUGAUGGAUUACACUGGUAAAAACUGUGAAAUACUAGUUCCACAUCCGUGUCUUGAUAAUCCAUGUUUAAAUAAUGGAAGUUGUAUGCGCAAAGGAUCGACCUAUACCUGUUCCUGUAUGAUGGAUUACACUGGAAAAAACUGUGAAAUACUAGUUCCACAUCCGUGUUUUGAUAGUCCAUGUUUAAAUAAAGGAAGUUGUAUGCGCGAAGGAUGGACCUAUACCUCUAUGAUGGAUUACACUGGUAAAAACUGAAAUACUUCCACUCAAGUCCACAGCCUCCGUUUUGUGUGAGUAACCAGUUGUACAUGACAGACAGCAACAAGAGCCUCUAUUAGCUUUGUUUUGAUGAAGAUUUUGAAAGUGAAGUUGUGAAAUACAAACUAUAAACACAACCUGAAAUAUUCAAUUUAAGAUAUAAUUUCUUACUGAAAACCAGUUUUGUAUACUACAAUUUUUAUAUUACAAAUAUUAGAAGUUAUAUUUCUGUUUAUGUAGAACUAACAUAAAUGCAACAUUUAUCUGUCAUAUCAAACAAGAUUAUAGAUACUAAUCAUGGUAUUAAUAUUAUAAAUUUUAGUUUUGUUUUUAUUGAAAUGUGGUCGUAUAUUGUCGUCGCCCAUGUCCGUCGGUCCGGCGCCCACAAUUGCUUGUGGACGCCCUAGAGGCUCAAGUUAAUAUCUGACGGACUUUAAAUGUAUGUCAGAGUUAUGGUCCUUGUUCACGUUGAAAUAUCUUGUGGACGCCCUAGAGGCUAAAGUUAUUACAGUUAAUAACUUUAUGCACCGUGUUUAAGGUCAUAAAACGCAGAAGCGUAUUGAUUUUCAACGAUUUCUGAUAAUUGCUGCCUGAGUUAUAGCCCUUAAUCACUCUAAGAAUUCUUGUGGACGUUCUGGGGGCUAAAGUUAAUAUCCAAUUGAUUCAUACACAGUGUUUUAGGUCAUUCGACGAAGAAUCCUAUUGAUUUUCAACGAUUUCCGAUAAUUACAGCCAGAGUUAUGGCCCUGGGUCACAUUGAAAUAUCUCGUGGAAGCUCUAGAGGCUAAAGUUAAUAUCAGAUUGACUCUAAAUGUUUGCGCCGUGUUUAAAGUAGCUAAGUCUCUAACUCAAUAUCAUCCAAAGUCUUACAUGUUGAAAAUACGAAUUAUUUGUCAAUUCAAAUCAACAUUGAUGUUGUGAUCUUACCAGGAAAUGGCAGGCUUUUGAUAUCCAAUAUUUAAGACAAAAUAAACAUUUUACCAUUGGUACACGAAUCGUGUACCCUAGUGCGUUUUAGCGUCAUUUGCAACUAGUGACCAGAAAGAACGAGGCUAGCAAUAUUCAACUGGAGAGCUUGCUCAAUAGACUGGAAUAACCAGACGCUAGAAAUUGCUAUAGGGUUGAGACACAUGCCGUAUUUCGCUGGAUAUAACUGAUUUGAAAUUAGAGUAAAAAUGGAAACAAUUGAAUGUAAAUCAGUUUAUACACAACCAGAUUACAUAUUAUAUGCGUUGCGACCCAUUUGGGUCAAUUUCUAGGUCCCAAAUAUUAGCGAUUUAGCUCCUUUAAGGUCAUGCAACAAAGAAUCUUAUUGACUUUCAACGAUUUCCGAUAAUUACUGCCAUAGUUAUGACCCUUGACCACUUUGAAAUAUCUUGUCGACGCUGUAGAGGGUAAAGUUAAUAUCCGAUUGACGUUAAAUGUACACACUGUUUAAGGUCAUGAAAAGAAGAAUCCUAUUGAAUUUCAACGAUUUUCAAUAAUUACUUCCAGAGUUAUGGCCCUUGAACAUUAUGAAUAAUCUUGUGGGUGCUCUGGUGGCUAAAGUUAAUAUCCAAUUGAUUUCCGGUAAUUACUGCCAGAGUUAAGGCCCUUGAUCCCUUUAAAAUAUAUUGUGGAUGCUUUAGACGCUACAAUUAAUAUCCGAUUGACUUUAAAUUUAUACACAGUGUUUAAGGUCUUGAGACGAAGAAUUUUAUUGAUUUUCAACGAUUUAGAAGCUAAAGUUAAUAUCAGAUUGAUUUUAUAUUUAUACUGUGUUUAAGGUCAUGAGACGAAAAAGCCUAUCAAUAAUUUUCAACAAUUUUCGAUCAUUAUGACAAUUGAUAUUAAAUGUUUUGUAUGCUAAAUGUUAGAAUAUGGUAGAACUAGAAGCCAAAUGGGUUGUUACUCGUAAUCAGAUUUUAGUGUGUUGUAAAUGUUUUCAUUUCUGACAAAAGAAAAAUUAUGCGACAACCCUUGUUGACUCGACUCUCCGGAAGACUUAGCUGCUGUGGGCGUAUGUUUCGUUGCCUGCAACCUAUCUUUUUAUAUUUUGUAGAUCUUUUAGACCAAGUUUUGUUAUAACCCAAAAUCAUAAUUUUAUACAAUAUAUAUUCCUAUUUGAAAUGUUUUAUUUUAAAAAUUAUCAGUUUCCUCAUUCCUUUAUCUACGUAACUACUAAAAAUAUUACUUUCUCUAUUUAAACCCAUUCUAUAG